UUCUGGAAUUUUGUGAGAGAGAUUGAAUUUUAGUUUUUCAUUAUUUUUAUUUUCAAAUUGAUUGAUUAAAAAAUGUGAACUUUUUUCGUUGUUUCCUCAGUCUUUUUACUUUACUACUUUUUCAUUGUUAAUGCUCUCAAUUUAUUUUGGGGGGUUUCCUCUUUAUUUCUGCAUUUUUGCUUCUUUUUCGAAGUUUUUUCCUCUCUAAAAAUGGAGAUUUGGGCUGUUGGGUUUUCAAUUUUCUUCUCUUUUUUGCUUUCCCAUGUUUGUAUUAGCGAUGCCCAGAUGCCAGGUUUUGUGAGUCUUGACUGUGGUGGUACAGACAGUCACACUGAUGAGCUUGGUAUUCAGUGGAUUCCUGAUGACCAAAUUAGAUUCGGACAGACAGCUAAUAUAUCUAUUCCAGAUGAAACACGGCAACAAUAUAUGACAUUAAGAUCCUUCCCUAAUGAUAACAGAAAGUAUUGCUAUACUCUGAAUGUUACAAUCAGGACUAGGUUCCUAUUGAGAGCCACAUUCUUGUAUGGUAACUUCGACAACAACAAUGUUUAUCCAAAGUUUGAUGUUUCAAUGGGGGCAACUCCCUGGUCCACCAUUGUCAUCUCAGAUGCUAGUACCGCAGAGGUGAUUGAAAUGAUAUUUCUUGCCACUGAGCCAACAAUAAGUGUGUGUUUAUCCAAUGCUACAACAGGGCAGCCCUUCAUUUCUACCCUUGAGCUUCGGCAGUUCAAUGGUUCGAUGUAUAUUACAGAUUUUGAAAAUCAGUUCUACUUGAGCGUAUCUGCCAGAAUUAAUUUUGGAGCAGACAGUACAGAUCCUGUGAGGUAUCCUGAUGACCCAUAUGAUAGAAUGUGGGAAUCUGACUCUCUGAAGAAACCAAACUAUCUAGUUGACGUUGCUGCUGGCACUGAGAAAAUCUCAACAAAAAUGCCAGUUGAUGUCAGCAAAGAUGAUAGACCACCUCAGAAAGUGAUGCAAACAGCUGUAGUUGGCAGAAAUGGAACACUGUCAUACCGCUUGAAUUUAGAUGGCUUUCCUGGCGGGGGGUGGGCUUUCACAUACUUUGCAGAAAUUGAAGACAUAGGUCCGAAUGAUAUAAGGAAAUUUAGGCUUGUGCUUCCUGAUGCACCUCAGGUUUCAAAAGCAGCUGUAAAUAUCCUUGAAAAUGCUCAAGGAAAGGACCGUCUCUAUGAGCCUGGAUUUCAAAAUUUGACUCUCCCUUUUGUGAUGUCUUUCAAAUUUGUCAAGACAUCUGAUUCUACCUUGGGGCCUCUUGUGAAUGCUAUGGAGAUCAAUAAGUAUGUCAAGAAAAAUGGCGGUACCUUGGAUGGAUCUACUGUAACAAAAUUUGUUUCACAUUACUUAUCUGCUGAUUGGGCUCAAGAAGGUGGCGAUCCAUGCCUGCCAGUUCCUUGGUCUUGGUUGGAGUGCAGCUCAGACCCUCAGCCACUUGUAACUGCAAUUCAUUUGUCGAGGAAUAAUUUGACAGGAAAUAUCCCUUCAGAACUGACAAAUUUGGGUGGCUUGGUUGAGCUAUGGCUUGAUGGGAAUUCACUCACUGGACCUAUUCCUGAUUUUAGUGGCUGUCCAAACUUGAAAAUAAUUCAUCUGGAGAACAACCAGUUGACAGGUUCAGUUCCAUCGUCCUUGGGUGACCUGCAAAAUUUGAAAGAACUGUACUUGCAAAAUAAUAAGCUGUCAGGAAACUUGCCAUCCAACCUUGCUAACAACCGUGUUUUGAAUAUCUCUGGAAAUGCUAAUCUUCAUAAAAGGAACAAAAGUAGUCGGACGGGUAUAAUUAUUGGGUCAAUCGGCGCAGUUCUUCUUCUCAUCGCAACAAUUCUAUCUUGUUGGUUUUUGCGCAAAGGAAAGAACUCUAAAAAGAGAUAUACUGACCAAGCCCGCCUUGGUAAUGUUCUGCAGUCACAGAAGUUACCUUCUUCCUUGGAAAGCACUGCAACAGAAGCUGCUCAUUGCUUCACUUUUAAAGAAUUGGAAGAAGCAACAAAGGAAUUUGAGAGAAAAAUUGGCUCUGGAGGUUAUGGGGUAGUGUACUAUGGUAAAUUAAAAGAUGGACGAGAAAUUGCAGUCAAAGUUCUGACUAGUAACUCCUUCCAGGGAAAACGAGAAUUCUCAAAUGAGGUUACUCUCCUCUCAAGGAUUCACCACAGGAAUCUGGUACAGUUUCUAGGGUAUUGCCAAGAAGAUGGAAAAAGCAUCCUUGUUUACGAGUUCAUGCACAAUGGAACUCUCAAAGAGCAUCUUUAUGGUCCUUUAACACGUGAACGCUGCAUAAAUUGGAUCCAGCGCCUUGAGGUUGCUGAAGAUGCGGCAAGAGGAAUUGAAUAUCUUCACACAGGCUGUGUGCCAGCUAUCAUACAUAGAGAUUUGAAAACCAGCAACAUUUUAUUGGACAAGAACACAAGGGCUAAAGUUUCAGAUUUUGGACUCUCAAAACUUGCAGUGGAUGGAGCUUCACAUGUAUCAAGCAUUGUCCGGGGGACUGUGGGAUAUCUAGAUCCUGAGUAUUAUAUAUCACAACAGUUGACAGACAAAAGUGAUGUUUAUAGUUUUGGAGUGAUUUUGCUUGAGCUAAUAUCUGGACAGGAAGCAAUAUCAAAUGAAAACUUUGGUGUUAACUGCCGAAACAUAGUUCAGUGGGCAAAGAUGCAUAUUGAAAGUGGUGACAUUCAAGGAAUAAUAGAUCCGGCAUUGAGAGAUGAAUAUGACAUUCAAUCGAUGUGGAAGAUAGCUGAGAAAGCGUUGCUGUGUGUACAAGCUCAUGGUCAUAUGAGACCAUCAAUAUCAGAAGUACUUAAAGAGAUACAAGACGCGAUAAUGAUCGAGAAGGAAGUACAAUCAGUAAGAGAAGGCAAUUCUGAUAAUAUCUCAAGACACUCUUUGCAUUCCUCCAUCCACUUGGGUUCUAUGGACUUGGGUCACACAGAUAGUUACUUGUCCAUAGAUGACUCAAUCGCUAGGCCAACCGCAAGAUAGAUAUGGAGUAGCUUUUAUCUUUUCAUUCUUUUACGCUUCAAUUUUUUGCUGUUUCUUCUGUGUGUAGCUGCUCAGAGGAAUCCAUCAUCUUUGGAAACAAUCCAAAGCAGGGUUUUAUGUCAGGUUGUAAAUUAUGCACAUAUAUUUCCACAAAAUUAGGAGGUUUGUGCUUAUUAUAUCCCUCUUUCACCAAA